AUUCGAUCUUGAACUUUCUCUAAUGGCUAAAUCGAAGAAACCUCUGAAAGCUGCGCUUCAAUCCCAGCAGACUCGCAUGAAGACGAAGCAGAAAGCUGCGCAGGCGGCCCAGACGGCUGAACUCAUGGCCAGGAAAUCGAACAGCUCAAAAAAGUCCAAUGCGAAAGGCAAGGGAAAAGCGGAAUCUGGUGCCUCUGCUUCGUCGAAUAUCUCUCGGCGAAGACAGACGAUACCAUUUUUACCGACGGAGAAGAUAUUGCUCAUCGGGGAGGGGAACUUCUCGUUUGCUCAUGCCCUGAUUCACGAUGCGCCUGCUGUUCUGGAACAUCUGCCUCCGCGAAAUGUCACCGCUACUGCGUACGAUUCAGAAGAGGAGUGUUACAGCAAAUAUCCGGAAGCUGAAGAACUUGUUUCGAGGCUUCGGGCUGCCGGAUCUGAAGUGCUGUUUUCCGUUGACACCACGAAAUUGGAGAAGAUCGCGGCCUUCAAGGGAAGGACGUGGGAUAAGAUUGUUUGGAACUUUCCGCAUGCUGGAAAGGGUAUCGCUGAUCAGGACCGAAAUAUCCUGUCGAAUCAGUUACUGCUUCUUGGAUUUCUGCGUUCUGCGGCUGGGUGUCUGACCAGAGGUCCUUUUCCUCAGAUCUUCGCACCACGGAAGCGGCGGGCAGACGACGUUGAAGAUGAUGAAGGCGAACAGGAAGACCUUGAUGAAGACCUUGACAUGUCCUCAUCUGCGAAGGCUGCUAGCUGUCGCGGAUCGGUUUUGAUAACUCUACGUAAUGUGUCACCGUAUACUCAGUGGGAUCUGCCGCGGCUUGCCAAGAAUCCACCCCCUCCUGCGUCAUCUGGACACCCUGGCAACCCUCGCUACACGCUUCUGCGCUCAUUCGAGUUUCAGCGGAGCACCUGGUCUGGAUAUGCUCAUCGAAUGACAAAAGGAGAACGUGCUGGUGGCACCGGGACAACUGGAGUCGGCGGGGAGGAUCGCACGUGGCAGUUCUGUCUGAGGGAUUCGUGAUGCAUAUCAGCUGAGUGCUCGGGAACUACAACGUAUCCCCCCUUCUCGCCGGAUCGGAGUCAAUGUUGCAUCCCGCCAGGUUCACCGAAUCUUGGGGAAGGAUAGGACACUGUCGUUCACAAGCAGGUCUGCUGUGUUAUCCCAUUUGCAGUUUUACCGCCUUGUAUCUGCUGUAGAGGUCCUGGAUCAACAGCUUACCCAGAUUCAAUCUUCCGAAUGACGCCAAAUCCUGUCCUUGCUUCUGGCCGCCGCCACUUCUCGUUCUCAUCAUUCUGGAUCAGGCCCCCGGUCACUGUCGACUCAGUCAGUUCGCCUCGACCGGCUGGUUCAUCCUCUCAAAUCCGCUUGUCAGAAAGUCCGCCUGUCAGAGACUGAUCUGCUCUGAGAUCACCUCAGACAUGGGCCACUUGCCUCAGUUCACACGCCUUGCUACAUAAAAUGCAGACCGGAUGCCUCUCUCUGCGGCCUGCGGUGCUGGCAGCACUGAUCGACGCGUAGAUCUGGCAUGAUGUGCAUUGAUCGCCACCCAAGGUAGUGGCCGGGGCUACCACCUUAGAGACGACAAGCAGAGAGACCAAACUGCAGCAUCAAGCGAUGCCUCAAUCAUUGUUCCCGAGCGACUCCAGCUGACGCCGACAUUCAAAUUGCAUCCCUGGCAUAUGCACUGCACGUACGACUUUCACGUAAUGAGGGUGAUAUGCAUCGAUAACUCACGCACGCUCGCUGCACACUCGCCGUAACCACCUCGUGGCAGAUUUCAUAUCCCAUUGCAGUAUGUUUGAAUUCCGGACUCGGAGUCGCUGAGGGUUGCACCGGAAGUGGCGCACCGCCCAGUUGACGACCGCAAUAGAGUCGACUCUUCGUCACUUGUCAACAUUCGCACGUCGUAUUUUGGGAUGUGGUGCUUUUAGAUCCUCCCGUCACUCCUCACCCAUCUCUCUGGGUGUGCGGCUCGGUCUCUCCGUUCGGAACGCAGAAUAUCAUGAUUUUAAACGCA